AAAUGCUCUCCGGAGUCCUUUUUUCUAUUUUUGUACUCGCCAUAUCGGCCAACGCUAGCUGUGAUGUGUCCGCACUGACCACCGAGAAUGAGAAGGAACUCGGACUCCGGAUUUGCCAUCUUGAGGCGGAGAUGCAAGUCGUCCAAAGAGCCUUGCAGGAGGUGAUGCAGCAGACAGAUGUCACACUGUACGAUCAAGAAGUUCCGGUGAUGAACAAGCGUAAAAACGAGUUUAUCCGAUUUGGAAAACGCAGUGACGGAAUGGAAAAACGAAAGAACGAGUUCAUCCGGUUUGGAAAGAGAAAAAAUGAGUUCAUCCGAUUCGGAAGAUCCGAUAAGGGACUUGGACUCGACGACAACGACGUUUCCAUGGAGAAACGAAAGAACGAAUUCAUUCGAUUCGGGUGAUUCGCGUUCAGAGAUGGAUGUGUGCUUCUUGAUGAUUUGGGCCAAAUUGUGUUCUAUACUGAUAAUGUUUUGUUAGAUUUCUUAUUCUCCAUGCUAAUUUUUUUUCUUUUAUCUCUGCAAAACGUCAGUUAGAAUAAACUUUCAUUGUUU